GGUGGAUGGAGGAAGGGCUGCGGGGGGAGGAGCUGGUGCGCAGCGACCCGCCCUGUCCCGUCCAGUCCGGCCUGGGCGCCCCGGGAGUCGCCGUGCCCGCCGCCGUCGCGUCCCGCCAUGAGCCCGCGCCCCUCGCCGCCUCCGCUGCGCCUGCUGCUGCCGCUGCUGCUGCUGCUGCUGCGCGGGGCGGCGUGCGGGGCCGACACCGCCUCCGAAACCGAAAGUCCCGUCCGGACCCUGCAAGUGGAGACUCUGGUGGAGCCCCCGGAGCCGUGCGCCGAGUCGGCCGCCGUGGGAGACACGCUGCACAUCCACUACACGGGCAGCUUGGUGGAUGGGCGCAUCAUUGACACCUCCCUGACCAGAGACCCUCUGGUUAUAGAACUUGGCCAAAAGCAGGUGAUCCCAGGUCUGGAGCAGAGCCUUCUAGACAUGUGUGUGGGGGAGAAGCGAAGGGCAAUCAUUCCUUCUCACCUGGCUUAUGGAAAACGGGGAUUCCCACCAUCUAUCCCAGCGGAUGCAGUGCUGCAAUUUGACGUGGAGCUGAUUGCACUGAUCCGAGCCAACUACUGGCAAAAGCUGGUGAAGGGCAUUUUGCCGCUGGUAGGCAUAGCCAUGGUGCCAGCCCUCCUGGGCCUCAUUGGGUAUCACCUAUACAAAAAAGCCAACAGCCCCAGAGUCUCCAAAAAGAAGCUCAAGGAAGAAAAAAGAAACAAGAGCAAAAAGAAAUAAAAUUUUUAAAAUGA